GCAGAAAUUCUACCCUUUGUUCUUAUUGGCUGCAUGGGGUAGCUUGGCUAUUGUAUGUCUGGAAAGGUCUGUGUGAUCGUGUGAGGCAAUUGCUGCAGAUGGAGGGAUCGCUGCUGAAAUGGACAAACUACCUGUCAGGCUGGAAGCCACGGUACUUUGUGCUGGACAGUGGUAUCCUCUCAUACUAUGAUUCGCCAGAGGAUGUGGGGAAAGUGAGCAAAAGCAGCAUCAAGAUGGCCGUGUGUGAGAUCAGAGUGAAUCCCUCUGAUGAUAGCCGAAUGGACCUCAUUAUCCCAAAUGAGCAGUACUUCUAUUUGCGCACAGAGAAUGCAGCAGAACGCCAGAAGUGGCUGGUAGCCCUAGGAUCUGCUAAAGCCUGCCUUGGGGACAGUGCAACACAAAGACCAAAAGAGGAGACUUCUGCCAGUGAAACCCUCGGGAGGAAACUGUCGGAGCUGCGGGUAUAUUGCAGUUAUCUGAUGCAGCAAAUAAAAGAAAUGCAAGGGGCAGUGGAUCCAGAUGGACCUGGAGCUUCUCCUGAUAUAGAGAAAGCACGAGCGGCCUGCUGUGCCUUGUAUGGGGCCUGCUCUCACAUUUCUUCCUCGUUAGAGGACUGCAUGAGGCACAUCAGUACCAAGCAAGAUGGAAUCGCACAGGAGAUGCCUCCUCCAGAAACGCCUGCUGCCAUCGAGCUUCCGCAGGCACAGAAGGUGAAAAAUUCAGUGACCACUUCUCCUAUGAGAACCCCACAGAGUGUCUAUGAGGCUCCCAGACAGAUUGAUGAUGUUACUGUAUUAUGGAAACUGGAGGACAUGGCGAGAUGGUCUCGUAAGAGAAGCAAAGAAGUAGUUUUGCUAAACAGAAACACUGCUGGAUAGAAAACCCUUUGAAGGAUCCCAACUAAACUUCAUCCUGCAGUAUCUGUUUUUUUGUACCGAACAUUUUUUUUAUACGUUGCCUGCAAGAACCAGGACGUUGGAAAGUAAAAGCCAUUUCAGUUUCCUUGUUUGCCCCAUUUCAUGCAUGAAAUAACAGCAUUCAUAGAUUUUUCUUAAUUUAAACAAUAGGCAAAAAAUAUGUUCAGCACAAGCACUGUUCAUUGCACAUUUCAUCACACUACACUACUAGAUGUCUUGCCUUCAAGGACAAUAUUCAUCGAAAACCCCUCUAGAUAAGCUACACUUUGAAUUCCUUAUUAUAUAACUAUAAGGCUUUCCAGAUAAUACACCUUAUAUGGACUGCCAUUAGAAAUCAUGAGGCCGAUGUAUCAUGUACCCUGUUCAUAAUCAGUUAUGAACUUCAGCCAAAACUGCCCAAAGAAACCACAAUAUUAUUAUAAAUAUAAUUGUAACCUGUCCAGGAAUAUUACACAUUAUGUUUCUCUGUAAGACUGUAAUUAAAGUCUUAAAUAUUGUUGUACGCUGUAGUGUAAUUAUAAAUAUUGUAUAUAUACGUUUGGCUUUGUAAAGCAAGCCCUCCAUUUUUUUUCUCACUUAUGUAUAUUUUACAUAAAAAAAAAAAAGACGACCGGUACUGUAGGUGGGGCCUUUCAUAAACCUAGCAAUAGGGAUUCCCAGGAAUAAAUAUAUAUUGGACUCUUAUCAAGCAGGGCAUUGGAAGCUCAUUCUUGAACCAAAAUUUUUGUUUCAUGGCUUCUUUUAUUGGAUUCCCUAGGAAGCCUCAUUACUCUUCAUACCGCUCUCUGGCUGUCAGAUGCUGAUUCACAGUAGGACACUUGCACUUCUCAUGCUACAUGAUGCUAUAUUAAGGAAUCAUAAUGAUGAAUAAUUGACAGUGUGAAUGUGAAAAUAGCUUUAAGCGUGGCCUUACUAUGCUAUCCUCUCUGAGGGGAAAGGCUUUUGUCCCCAGUGGGUGCUGAGCAUAAUUACCAUACAGGAAUGCACUUGCUCUGUUUAAUGUUUUGCUAUCAACAAUGAUCUGAUUUGAGGCA